AGCCGUAGAGGCGGGGUGAGUGGGAAGCGGGGACAUUAAUUAAUUAAUUAAUUGCGACGAUAAAAACAAAAAAAGAAUUAUUCUCUGGACUCUCCUCCUCGCACUCUAUUCGCCGGCCGUCGGACACCUUUUCCCGGCCAGCCGGAACCAUGGAAGUGGUCUGCAGGACCCAUUCACUGAUCGCCAUCCUCGCCGUUGCUCUCUUCCUGGUCGCGCCGAACGGGGACGGGCUAAAGCUUCGGUUUCGCCCGACUGACGUUAUUCCGCUCCUGCCCAAUCAGCUCUCGUGGCCCAUCAUCAAUUCCCUGCGCAGUGCGGCGGACCUCCUGCCGGCCUUCGUCGGCGCUGCUCCGGUCUCCGUCAACGGCACUCUACAGUGGAAAGGGUCUUGUUUCUACAAUAACUAUGCCUGGUUGGAUCUCCACAACAAGAGUGGCAGCCCUUUUGGCGGAGGCACUCUUCAUAUCAAGGUUAGCAAUGCACACAGUUGGACAUGUAUGGAUCUUUAUGUCUUUGCAACCCCAUACCGUGUGACAUGGGAUUACUACAUUCUGUCUCGUGAACAUACACUCGAAUUUGAUAAGUGGGAAUCAAAAGCUGAAUUAGAAUAUGUAAAGAAUACAGGGGUUUCAAUUUUUCUCAUGGAAGCAGGAAUGUUAGGAACCCUUUCUGCACUUUGGGAAGUCCUUCCUUUAUUCUCAGGGACUGGAUGGGGCGAGAACUCGAAUGUUAAUUUUCUCAAGAAGCAUAUGGGAGCUUCAUUUGAUAAGCGUCCUCAACCAUGGGCAACAAACAUCUCUACUGAUGACAUACAUUCUGGAGAUUUUCUCGCGAUAUCAAAAAUUAAAGGCCGAUGGGGUGGUUUCGAGACUUUGGAGAAGUGGGUAACGGGUUCCUAUGCCGGUCAUAGUGCCGUUUGCUUGAGAGACUCUGAAGGAAAGCUAUGGGUGGGGGAAUCUGGAAACGAAAAUGAUGAGGGAGAAGAUGUCAUUGCUAUCUUACCUUGGGAUGAAUGGUGGGAGUUUGAGUUGACAAAAGAUGAUUCUGAUCCACAUAUUGCAUUGCUUCCUCUGCGUGAAGACCUCCGAGCAAAGUUCAAUGAGACUGCUGCAUGGGAAUAUGCUAAAAGCAUGGAAGGUCUACCUUACGGUUAUCACAAUUUGAUCUUUAGCUGGAUAGACACGAUAGAUGGAAAUUACCCUCCGCCCCUGGAUUCUCAUUUGGUUGCAUCUGCCAUGACGGUUUGGAACCAAAUGAAGCCUGCAUAUGCUGCCAACCUGUGGAAUGAAGCUUUGAACAAGCGGCUGGGAACUCAGGGGCUCGAUCUCCCAGAAAUACUUGUGGAAGUUGAAAGGCGUGGAUCCUCUUUUGGAGAACUAUUGACUAUUCCGGAACAGGAUGAUUGGGUCUAUGAUGACGGCAAGUCUACAUCAUGCGUCGCUUUUGUUCUUGAAAUGUACAAGGAAGCCGGGCUGUUUGGCUCCCUUGCAAGUUCCAUUGAAGUUACAGAGUUUACGAUCAAAGACGCAUACUCGCUGAAUAUUUUUGAAAAUGACACGAGGCGCUUGCCAACGUGGUGCAACGACGGGGACACGGUGAAACUCCCCUUCUGUCAAAUUCUGGGAAAGUACAGAAUGGAACUACCAAACUACAAUACCAUGGAACCCUACCCUCAUAUGAAUGAAAUGUGCCCUUCUAUGCCCCCAAAAUAUUUCCGGUCAAAGGGUUGCUGAAAUGAACCUUUUUGUAUCGUCAUAUUUGUACAAAGAAAACAAAAAAGACUACGUUUCCAUUGGCAAAAAAGGGUGUUUUUUCAUAUUUGUGGCCCCAAAAUGUGUAUAUUAUCUUCAUAUAGGGGCAUAUGGCAGCUGACAGAAUAUGUAUUUUGUAUUCAUUGGUAAAAUGCUACGUUGCCAUCUGGGCUAAUACUAGGUUUAACCCCGGG